AUGGGGAUCGCCUUUCUGAUGUUUUGUGAUUAUGUGAAGCUGUCAUUUGUUGACAGGAAUGUCACAUUGGAGGCUUUCAAAGGCUCGAGGAAGGGAACUGUUUAUCUUAUGCCACAUCAAGUUGUCUUUUUGUCAAAAGAUCUCAAAAAGGCGCUAAGAUCCUUCACAAUGCCAUUUUCUCAGAUAAAAGAUUGUAAGAUCAAGCUGCCAAAGCUUAGGCCAGGCUAUAUCAAAGGGCAAAUUGAAGCAGAGCCAAAUGGAGGAUGGAUAGGUUCUACAAUAUUCAAACUUACCUUUCACAAUGGAGGAGCCAACGAAUUUGGACAGCUGAUGCUACGAAUACAAGCUGAAGAAAUGAAAAAGCAUAGCUUGGUGUCAUCAGAUCAAGUUCAAAACCGUGAUUCCGGUUCACAGCAUGGCCACUGAGGAUCUGAAUAAUGCAAUCCCUGGAAUCAAACUGGAAGAGAACUAUAUUUUUCUGGCUGCACAAGCCCACCAGUGAGCUGUAAUUGUCCAUGUUCCAGCAUGGUCACAGU